AUGUCGGACAGGCGUGGAAGGCCACCUAUUCACAUUACCCGGCAAACCCUACUGGCGCUAUUAAAGACAGCGUACGUGGGUAUCCAGUGGAGUAUUUCGCCUACGGAUGUGUUGGUAACCUUGGAUGAAGAUGAGCUCGUCUUGGAACGCGUGCUGUGUCCUUUGACACAAAUGCGGAUGCGCUCAAUUGGCGAGGCGGCCGUUAUCGAACCGCGUUAA